AUAUAAAUAGGGAAGUGACUAAACUUAUUAUUAUAAGUUAGUUUGAGCACCGAGAUCUAGCCAUGACUCGUGUACUCUUGCUUCUUACGGUUUGUCUGGCUUCAGCGUCAGCUGAAUCAGCGGCCGGAAGAAUUGCGAUUGGAUCAACAGGUUAUAUCAGCUCCUACCCGUUUGCUGCCAGCCUGUUGUAUUCUAGAAUUGGCGUUGGAGUAUUUACCCAGGCGUGUGGUGGCUCUAUUAUAACUUACAAAACAGUUCUAACAUCAGCUUAUUGCUUACACGGUGAAUCGCUAAAUGCCUGGCGUGUGAGGGUUGGUUCUUCCAGCAGCAGCAGCGGAGGUGUGGUACAUGAUUUGUCGCGAACUAUUGUGCACCCUUUUUACAAUACACGCACCUUGGACAAUGACAUAGGGUUACUCCAUGUUACUACGCCAUUUGAUGUUAACAGCAAUGUAAAACCGGGGACUAUUGCCGGUGCUAACUUCUACCUACCUGACAAUAGACUUAUUGAAGCUAUAGGAUGGGGACUAAGUAGUAAUGGCGGGCAACCUUCCAAUCAGUUACGUUACGAUAGAAUGUAUGUUAUUAACAGGUCCACAUGUCAGUCAAGAUAUUCUGAAAUUGGACGUAAGGUUACUAAUAAUAUGGUUUGCGUCGGCAAUUUGGACGUUAACGGCUAUGGACAAUGCGUUGGUGAUUUUGGCAGUCCAGUUCUAUACAACUCUGUCAUAUUUGGCGUCUUCUCGUUUAGCCAGCAAUGUGGGCUUGGCCGAUACCCCAGCGUUAAUACUUACAUACCUAACUACAUCGAUUGGAUAGUUGAAAAUAGUUAAGUUUCACUUACUAUUGAUUUACGAUAAAUGCUUCAUUGACUUCUGAUGUACGAUCCUUUUGCUGUAAUAUUAAAAAAUAUUAUAAAAAAAUUAAA